UGUAACUACUAAAAUUACUUAUUUCCGUUGAUACCAACUUCUUCCGCCAUUUUGUAUACUCGUCUCUUGUCUAUAAUUUUCGGAUAGAUCGUCUUUAUGGGCAAGGCUUUUCUGGCGUGAUAUUUAUGUAUCUAAUAUUAAAAGAUGGAUACGUGGUCGAAUUUGUGCCGAUGCUGCUUAUCGCCAGAUUCACAAGUGUCAUUAUUAGAUGAGCAUAAUGUGACGGAAAAAUUUCACGAAGUAACUUCAAUUGAGGUAAAACUAGAUGAUGGAUUGCCUCAAAAGCUGUGCAAUGACUGCUUUGCGAAAAUGAAUUCAGCAUAUCAGUUCCGUAAGCAGUGUAUCAAAAUGGAUAGUGAGUUGAAAUUGCAACUGAACACAUUACUCACUGAAAGCUACAUACAACAAGCUGAAGCUGAGAAGAACCAAAACUUUGGUACAGAUAUUGAUGAUAUAGCUAAUGAUCCCAUUAAACAAUUGGAAUCAAUAAUAAAAAAAGAACCUACCGAUAGUGAUGAUGAUUAUUAUUAUGUUCUUGUGAUUGAUGAUCCUAAAGAUAAAGAAAAACAAAACGAAACUGAAUCAUCAAUAGAUACUAAUAUUAAAUUGGAGAAUAUUGAGGAUGCACAUUCUCUACAGGACUUACAGGAAAUAUUAAAUGAGCCAAUAAAAGUAAUUCCUGAAGCUACUAACACAUUUGAAGGACUGAAUUCAAUUGAUUCAUUCUUAGUCUCUAAUCCUAAAGUUCCCGUAAAUGUUCCUGCAACAAUAUUACAAAAUGAAGAGGAUAGUCAAGAGAAUGAUAAUAAUUUUACACACCCAAUGGAUAUAGAGGAAACACAGGAUAGUGCAUCACAAGAACAGAUGUCGGCUGUUGAUAUGGAAGAGAAUGAAAUUGUUGAAAAUAUAGGUAAUAAUAUUAUAAGCACAUUACCUACAUCUAAAAAUAUCAUCAAAAUAUUAACAACUUCCUCAGCAGAUGGGACUAUAUUAUUGAAAAAUAAUGAUAAGAUUCAAUACUUAACUGACAAUGAUGAGCUCAUGACUAAUAAUGAUGGAUUAGAUCAAGAAGAAGUCAUCUUUUGUGAGGAUGAUGCGACCCAAUAUCAAAUAAUAAAGUGUGAUGGUACAGAAUUAGUUAUUGAGUAUUCCGAUGAUGGUCAAAUAGCUACAGUUUUGCAACAAGAAGAUGGUACAUUUUUAUGUGAAUGCGGUGAACAGUUUGAAGACUUGGCUGAAUAUGAGAAGCAUCAGUAUAAGCAUAACCCUGCUGGAGAACAUCUCUGCAAUUUAUGUGGAAAAGGCUUCGAAUCUGCUGAAAUCUUAACAGGCCAUAUCUUACUGCACAGUUUCACUGGUCUUUUAAUAACAUGUCCAUUCUGUAAUCACCUUGUCAGAAGGAAUGCUUUAACACAACAUAUUAAAUAUGGACACAAUAAUAUUAAACCAAGAUGUGAUCAAUGUUUUAAAACAUUUGCAAACCCAAAUAACUUAAAACGGCAUAUGAUGAUUCACACUGGUGUCAGAGAAUUUGAAUGUGACAUUUGCUUUAAGAGAUUCCACCAAAAAAUCACAAUGCAAACACACAGACUAACACAUCUUAACCCAUUUACCUGCAAUCAGUGUGAUCAUACAUUUAAUAACAAAGCAGAGCUGUCUGCUCAUAGAAAUUCAGAGGAGUGUACGAAAUCUAAAGCUCAGAAAGUGAAGGUAGAAUUAAUGAAGACUGUCAAACAAGAAAUCACUACAAAUCUUGGAAAAUUGCUGGGUUAUGCUUGUUCACUGUGCAAGAAAAUGUUCUCUCUUGAAUCUGCUUUAGAACAGCAUGUUGAGAGUACACACAUAGUGGAUCCAGCUGAGUUGCUUUGCUCUGAAUGUGGGGAAGUUUUGCCUUCAAAGAAGGAUAUGCAAGCUCACAUCCUUAACCAUAAAAAUAUGAAGCCAAAGAUUAUGAAACGAUUUGAAUGUAGUAUGUGUGGGAAGGGUUGUUCAAGUCAAGCAAUGUUGAUAAUGCAUGAGCGAGUCCACACAAACGAGAGACCCUUCCCAUGUCAACUGUGCUCUCUCAGGUUUAAAACUAAAACUCAUCUACGAACACACCAACUUACUCAUACAAGGGAGAAGAAGUUUGGGUGUUCAGUCUGUAUGAAGUUCUUUGCAUUAAAAGGGAAUUUAGUUGUUCAUUUGAGAACACACACUGGUGAAAGGCCAUAUAUAUGUACUUUGUGUGGGGAAGCUUUCAUAGAUUCCAAAUAUUUGAAAAAACACAAAUUAAAAAAACAUGCCAUAGACAAUGUACCUUGGAAUAAAUAUUAAUCUGAGAGUUUAACAUGGAAAUAAUUAAUUUGAUUGAAAAAACUUGCAAGCAAAUGUAAAGUUAACAUUUUUUAUACUAUCAGAAAAUCAGUUAUUUUUCUUUAAAAGAAAACUAUGAAGUUAAUUUAUAGGUACAUUAUUCUAUGGAGUAAAUAUAUAACUACAUAAAUAGUAUGUAUGACUUGCCCAUUAAAUAUAUUUGUAUUAAAUUGGAUGGAUUCGAAAUCUGGCAUGUUUAAAAAUCUCGCUUGUUUUGCCCUGGUACAUUGUUAAUAACUUUUAAUAAAAUAAGAUGUCAUUUUAAGACACAUGGGUGUUUUCUUUUCUAUCAACAAUCUCGGUGAUAAUAUUUUAGAUCUGUUAAAAACAUUAAUUUGUUUUUUCUUUAUUAUAAAAUAUUUUAAAUUAUUGCCUAGAUACUGUAGAUUUGUAAAGUAUAUAAUGCAACAAAUUAUUAUUUGAUAUUUUUAUUAAAUUUCUGCUUUCUUCGGAAUCAUAACCAAAAAUAAACACCUCAGUCAAUAAUAUUUUAAUCUUAGAGUGUCUCCAUAGAAAUGCUUCAAUAAAAACGGGUCAACUUUUUCAUACAAUUUUACGUGAUAAAUAAUUUUAAUGAGUGAUUCCUUCAUAUCUUUUAUAUUUAUUUUGUCUUAUAAUUUCUGCAUCUUUUUAAUGCGUAAACACUCGUUCUAUUUAAUAAAUAAUACGUCAAGAUACAUUUUAUGCGUAAGUAUAUAGAACACUAAUAAAAGAACGAGACAGCUAAUUUGACAAUUAGCUGGCAAAAAGUUUACGCGUUUUUGACGUUCGAUGCUCUGUCUACAUAUAUAAUUUAAAAUUUUAAUUUAUUAGUCAAGUAAAAACAGAUCUUAACUUUUUUAUUAUUUAACUAGAAUAAAAAUAUUCACAGCCACCCUGUUACAUUUUUGCUUGUUAAGACAACAAACUUUAAAAUAUUGGCAAGUUAAUUUUAAACUUUCGCGUUCAUUACACAUAUUUUAAAUACAAAAUCGGGACUUAACGCGAUGAUAGUACCUAAUAAUAGUCCACUAUUUACCUGUAAAGGCUUUUUCUUGCGUAAUUCUUAAUUAUUUAUUUAAAAUAUUGUAAAAAUUAUGUUUAUUGUAUUUAUUUUCUUUAUUUUUCGUUCGCGAAAGUCAUUUCUUGUAUUUCUGUAUCUAUUUCUGUAAUUCAUAUAAUUGACUUUGAAGUUUUAUAUUCUAGGACUAUUUUGUAUUCGACCUGUCCUAACUUGGUUUUUUUUUUUUUACUAACGCUAGCGAUCGCUGUGUCUGAAAUCAGUAAAUGUGGUCUAGGAAAUAAGGAAGCUAAUCUGAUAUUUGAAGGUGGUAGAAGCCAGAAUGUUCUUAUUUUUAACUUGCCAUUUACUUUUCACUCUUCUGUGUACUAUUGGUGUCAAUCUUUGAUUAUCUUUUUACGAGCACGAUAUCUUUCUAAAUCUCUAAGUUAUACGUCGAAAUUUUCAAUCUAGUUUUGUUUUAUCACGUUAUCAUUUUUCAGUUUACCUUUAAUAAAUGAAAUAAUUGAUGAUAUAGUAACCAACACAAGAGAAAUAAUAAUUAUUUAUCAUGGAAAUCACUUAAGACUCUAAAUUCCAUACAAAAAAUACCGUUCCGUCACGAGUUUUACCACUACGUUACAUUUUUUGUGACAGAGCGUAACAGGCGUAAAACAGUAGUAUUCUAGGUUUUUAGCAUUUUUUAAUGGAAUGGUAACCCCGCCUGUGCUAACGAUAUAUGCUGGAGGGGUACCAGUGAGGGAUAAUAGGUGAGAAUAAAAGGCAGGUCAGUUAGCUUAUAUGGAUGAGUACACCGGGAAUUCAUCAUAAUGGUAUCCAGGGGGGACCACAUGUAGGUCGACCUGACAGGGUAUAUUGUUAGUAAUACAAGGUAUAGUAGGGACUGGUAGUUCACAUUACUAACAAUCUCCCCCCUCCCCCCGCCGGUUCUCAGCAUUCACCUAAUUAUGCAUUGUUUAUUUUUUUAUACGACUUAUGAAAUAUUUAGCAGGUUAUAAUAAAUUAAUGUUAAAAACAGAAAUUUAAAUCAUAUUUGAAAAUAGUAACUACGUGAGUUACUGCUACUAAGUAAAUAAUAACAUUCAAUGAGUACAAUAAAUUUUUUAUAUUAUAAAGUUCUAUAUAUAUUUUUUUUUACCAGAACAUUUUGUAACAAUGCUUCAUUCGUCAGGAACACUUUACAUGUAUGUAAAACACCUCCAUCACACAUCUUGUGUACUAUGUUCCCAGUUGUUUUGUAAAAAGAAUAAUAAAUAUUCAAUAUUAAUGUUACUACAAUCGUUGCAGUGUCAAAACAAUUUAAAAAAUAUAAUUAAGAUUUCGAAUAUUUUGGAUUUCUUUUUUAUUAUUGGCAUUUAGGCAUUAGGCAUGUUAUUGUCGAUAGAAAAGAAGACCGUUCCACAUAUAAGUGUACUAUUACAGUAACAUAAUCUACAGAAUACACGUGUAUUGGGUAAAAUUACAUUAUGCAAUACAAAAAAAAUAAUACUACAUUAGCUACAGAAACAUUUUGUAUAUUGUUAUAAAAUAUAUUGACAGGUAAAAUAAAGUUUCUAAUG